GGAAGCUCCAAGCAAAACAAAGCCCGAGGCCAGCCGGGCGGUCGCGGCGGCGGCAGCAGCGGCGGCGGCGGGAUGAGUCGCCGGCUGCCCGGGCUGAGGAGAAAGCGCGCAGCGGUGACGGCGUCGGCGACCUGAGACGAGGCGCGCGGCGCUCUCUAUGCCCCCCCCCGCCGCGACCCCCCGCCCAGCUUCGCCCGCCGGCCGUUGGGGGCGUGAGGGAAGCUCCGCCCCCCGCCCCGCCCCCGCAGCAGGUGCUGGCUGGCUGGCUACAGGAAGGUCUGAACACUGUCUGGGACUCGGUUGCCGCACGUUCGCCUCUUUCCCCAGGUGCUGUGUUGUCUAAACCAGGCUGGAGGUGUCUUGUCUAUUUUUAGCAAGCUGCCUCUCGCAACGGUGGCGGCGGCGGCUACGGGGAAGGGGGAGAAGAAAAGAAAAAAAAAGUCAGAUUCUCCUGCAAAGCUCUCGAUUUCCUGCUGCCCACCAAGAUCAGGAAAAAGGAGAAGGAGAUGCUUGGGUGAAAAAAAUCCAAAGGGGACAAGCUUGACUUUUUUUGCUUGGAGUCUCUGGCCGAUGCGGGAUUGCUUAGGAAACUCCUGACGUUUCCCGGGAUCUUGGCUUUGUUUGGGUUGCAGCCUCGGGUUUUAACAGUUUCUUUGGUAGCGUCUGUGUGGAAAGGGCCACACAACCUCCACAACAACGACGGCUUUUGCCUGCCUUUUCCAGUGUUUCUUUUGUCAGCAAGUUCAGCGAAAUUGUUUCUCCGGUGCCAGCUCUCCUCAGUCCGAGGAGCCAGCGACAGAAAUGGUCAAAAUGACAAAAUCAAAAACGUUCCAGGCGUACCUGCCAAAUUGUCACCGAACCUACAGUUGCAUCCACUGCAGAGCCCACCUGGCCAAUCACGACGAGCUCAUUUCCAAGUCUUUUCAGGGAAGCCAGGGACGAGCCUACCUCUUUAAUUCUGUGGUGAAUGUGGGCUGUGGCCCUGCAGAAGAGCGAGUUCUUCUGACAGGCUUGCACGCCGUAGCCGAUAUUUAUUGUGAAAACUGCAAAACCACCCUCGGAUGGAAAUACGAACACGCCUUUGAGAGCAGUCAGAAAUACAAAGAAGGGAAAUUCAUCAUCGAACUCGCUCACAUGAUCAAAGACAAUGGCUGGGAAUGAACUGCAAUAUACGAUCCCUUGUUUUCUGGACAACGCAUCUAAGGGGACAGGCUUUAUUUUAUUAAAAAAGAGGAAAAACAAACAAACCCAAGACUCACGUGGGGGGAAAAGAAGAAGGAAAAAAAACCACCGGUGGCUCAGCAGUUGAGAAAAUCCCAACCGCACAGUGAUGUGAUGUUGUGGUCCUUCCCCUUCCUUCCAAAACAUCUCUUCCCUGUUCUUGUUUCUUUUUUUCUCCCCUCCUCCCCAUCUAAAUCCCCUCUUUUUUCUAUCUGUAUUCCCGUGCGAAACACCUUAUUUUGGACGAACCUUUUUUUCUAUACGCUCAAGGAAGAAUUAUUCCAUCAUUCCAACUCACCUGUGCUAAGGUAGCCUCUCUCUCUCUCUCUUUCGACCGACGCCUCCUUCAGUGGCUCCUUUUGUGCCGUGCGUACUUUUAUUUUAUUUUUUUCUUUCCCCCCCGAUUGUCUGCUCCGGGGUUUUGAAGGAGACCCCCGUACGGACAGUCCUUGAGAAUGUAUAGGAUGAAGUGUACAUCUUUUAUUUUAUCUUCCCCCCCCCCUAUAAUUAGCUAUUUCUGUGGUCUCUUUGCAGUGAGAAAGAUUGCAGUAUUGUACUACUCAUUAUUAUUAUUAUUUUUAAAAGCGCACCGCAGCCCGUUAAGAUAUUAUUUUGGCUAGGUUUGCGAGAUUCCACGAUUGAAUCUAGCCAGGAUUUGCUUGUCUGUCUGUUUUUGUGUUUGUUUGUUUUUUAAAAAAGAGAGAAACUGUCAGAAAAGAGAUUGAGUAAUAAUUUACAAGGCUAACUUCAAAACUGUAGCUCCAAAUCGGAUGCAUUCUGAAUAAGCAGCUUUAAAAGCUUUUUUUUUUGCCUGUUAAAGAGAAAGGAAAAAAAAAAUAGAAUGUAUAGCAGGGUCUUUUAAGAUCAAAGGGCUGAAAAAAAUACGCAGCUCUUUAUUUUUAAUAAGUCGGUUUAAAAUGUUUUUUGGUACUGUAUCUUUGGAAUGGGAAAAGCCGGGGUCCCGGAGGGAUUAUUUUUAUGGCUGGUUCCAUGUAGUUUUUAAACCUAGUUUUAAUGCACUGGAUGCGAGGAGGCUGGCUCACGAUCAUCCAAGUCCCAGGCUUUGGCAGUACCGAAGCGCACCAAAAGUGGUGCUCGUGUGUGCGUGUGCGAGUUGUGUGCGUGAGCAUGUACGAAAAAGCGGCCGCGGAUCCAUCAGGAGUAGGUUGUUUAAAAAAGUUUCGCAAGCGAAUAAAAAGUGACAAUAUGGUGUUAAAAAAAAAAAAGGAACGAAAGAAUGCACGAAGAGAGUUUUGUUUUGUUUUUUUUCUUUUCAAAGGGGGUGCGUGAUUUGCUGGCUGAAUCGUCCCUAAGCACAAUUUUUUAUAAUAAAACUCUUAAUGUAAAAAGAAACAUCAUCUGGGAAUUUUUACCACCCCCCCUCCCUCCCCACUCCAUAGUCGGGGGGGGGCUGGGUCACAGAGGACCACAAUACAUGUGUAAAAGUGUGUAGCGUUUCUCUACAGGAACUUUUUGUUCAUACCAUUUUCAAGAGAUGUGAAAACUUGGGGGGAGGGGAAGCUGUUUUUGGGGGGGGGUGCAAUUUUCCUCCCAAAAUAAUUCCAAGAGGGGGAAAAAAAUGUAUAAGAGAACAUUUUACGGGAAUCAUACCAAACUGCCUAUAGCAUGAGUAACAAUUACUAUACUGCUACUGCUAAUAAUAAUAUAGGAAGCUUUACAAUGGGAUCCCUAAACGUACUUCUUACCUGUUGCAUUGCAACUCCAGCUUUUUGUCCCUGCCUAAUGGCUGCUAGUAAGCUCAUCUAACUGACAUUGAGAUCUCGAAUUGCACUUUAGCUUUUAUCCUUCCUUAUAAAAAUAGCAAGCUGCUUCUCCUGAACGUUGAGUGCUUCCCCUCCCCCCCCCCCGUACCCCGAACCCCUCUCCCCAUUUCAUUCCUCCAUAAAAUCCUUUGGGAAGAAGAACAGAUUUUACACUGUGAUGCAAAAAAAGAAAAAAAAAGGAUA